CUCUAAAGCUGCAUGUCAUUUCUGCUCCGCUUUGCUACCUGCAGCGUGUUUUGUUUGUCUGACCGCCGUGGAAAAUCUCUUGGACCGCUGGCUGGAGCCAAACCCGGGACGCCUCCCCUGAUUUCCCGCCCAGGAGGGCUCCGGGAGCCGCAGAGGGGACACGGAACGGGGUCUGUGGAGUCCGGUACUGCCGCUGGAUGAGAGAGAGUCUUACUCGGCAUUAUUUUCUACCCGGUGACAGAGGCAGAAGCAGCGGCGCAUCCUUCUCCCCUCCCUUCCCUGAUCCUCUGCUGCCCUCCGCGGCCGCCGCAGCCCACCGGCCAUGGCCCUGGUGACUCUGCAGCGAUCCCCCACCCCCAGUGCGGCAUCCUCGGCCAGCAGCAGCGCGGGGGAGGAUUUCGGAAGUGAUGAUGACAGGAAAAAUAAUCAGAGCAUCAGUGAAAGCUUCUUCAUGGUCAAAGGCGCUGCCCUGUUUCUCCAGCAGGGCGGCAACACACAGGGACCAAAGACUCCGGCGCACCACAAGCAUGCAGGGGAUUUACCUCAACAUCUGCAGGUGAUGUUCAAGAUACUACGGUCUGAAGAUCGCAUCAAGCUGGCUGUGCGCUUAGAAAGCGGAUGGUCAGAGCGAGUGCGUUACAUGGUCGUCAUCUACACCAACGGCCACCAAGACACAGAAGAAAACAUUGUUUUGGGAAUGGACUUUCCAGACAAGGACAGUAAAAACUGCUCCAUCGGGAUGGUCCUGCCUCUGUGGAGCGACACCGACAUUCAUCUAGAUGGAGAUGGAGGCUUCAGUGUGAACACAGCGGGGCGGUCACAUGUCUUCAAGCCUGUCUCUGUGCAGGCCAUGUGGUCUGCCCUCCAGGUCCUCCACAAGGCCUGCGAGGUGUCCCGCCGGUACAACUACUUCCCAGGGGGCAUUGCUCUUACAUGGAUGGCCUUCUAUGAGAGCUGCAUCACCUCGGAGCAAAGCUUCAUCAAUGAAUGGAACGCAAUGACCGACCUCGAGACCACCCGGUCCGAUUCUCCCAACAUGUUUGUCGACGGCCCGACUGAGCGAGAAAGAACAGAGUGUCUAAUCAAGUCCAAACUUCGCAACAUCAUGACGUUUCAAGACCUUGAGAACAUCACUUCAAAGGAGAUCCGCAAUGAGCUGGAGCAGCACAUGAGCUGCAACCUCAAAGAGUACAAGGAAUUCAUCGACAACGAGAUGCUCCUCAUCCUGGGCCAGAUGGAUAAGGCCACACUUAUCUUUGACCAUGUUUAUUUGGGCUCUGAGUGGAACGCCUCCAAUCUCGAAGAACUACAAAACUGCGGAGUUGGUUACAUUCUGAAUGUUACCAGAGAGAUUGACAACUUCUUCCCGGGGAUGUUUUCCUAUCACAACGUCCGCGUGUACGACGAGGACGCCACCGACCUGCUGGCCCACUGGAACGAUACAUACAACUUUAUUGUCAAAGCCAAGAAGAAUAAUUCAAAGUGCCUGGUGCACUGUAAGAUGGGCGUGAGCCGCUCUGCCUCCACAGUCAUCGCCUACGCCAUGAAGGAAUACGGCUGGUCCCUGGAGAAAGCCUACAACUACAUCAAGCAGAAGAGGAGCAUAGCCCAGCCGAAUGCUGGUUUCAUGAGGCAGCUGGCAGAGUAUGAGGGAAUCCUCGAUGCCAGUAAACAGCGUCACAACAAGCUGUGGAGGCCCGGCACAGAUGAGGAAGGAUCAGACGAUCUGCAGGCAUCGGGUCACAGUACCGGUGGAGGGGAGACGCCGGUGCUCAGAGGCGAAGAGGCCUGGGGAGGCUGCGGGGCGUCUCCAUGCAGGGGUCUAGAGAUGGAGCCCUUAGACUCUCUUAACUAUAACUAUUACUUCAGACGUUUAUCAGACUCUGCUCUCGACAGCGAGCCCUCCACCCCAGUGCGGGGACCUCCCCUUUUAGGCAUGGAGAGGGUUUUCAUCGAAAUAGAGGACGUGGAGAGAGACGCCCUGCUGGAGGACGAGGGUUUCCCCAUGGCCCACCUAACUCUGCCCGGAGAGGGCACAGCGGCGCAGACCUGCGGGCGCCUCGAUCCAAUGGAGGACAUGAGACUGAGGCUGGAGUUCAGCACUCUGGAGGAAGAGGACGAGGAGGAGGCCAAGAAGGAGGAGGAGGAGAUGGCAGCCUUGGCUCAAACGCCUGGGAGUCUGGAUGGGAGGAAGACGGGAGAGGAGGCUGAGGGGAGUGAGGAGAGCCAGUUGGGUCUGGCCAACCUGAACACCAAUAACAGCAACCGCCUGGCAGCCAAGCGCAGCUGUCCUGCAGCUUUUGAUGACAGCGCCAGCACAGGAAACCCAUUAAAAGUGAAGCCUUCCUAUCAGUCUUGUAAAGACUGCAUGCGUCUACCACAAGGGCGGCGCUGCGACCGUCCAGCAGGAGGCCGUUCCCACCGCCUUAACCCCUCCCGCCACUGCACCAUCCCCUCCAUAUGCAUAGAUCCUCCGGGUACGCACUUCACGUCGGCUCCGGUUCUGUCGACCCCCACGGUCAUUGCCUCUAACUUGGCCCAGCCCUGCACUAACUUCUACCAGUGCUCCAGCUGCACGCUCGGCGACGCCUCCGCUCCCGGAGCCAACCACCAAAAACGUUUCUCCCCCAUGAGCUGCGAGGAAACGCCUCCGGACUGCGGCUCGGCGGAGACGGAGGACAUGGAAGAGCCGCAGAGCGGCGAUCUGCAGGGUAACGACGCCAUCGAUGUGAACGAUGAUGGGUUGAAAUUCGGUGCUGAGAUUUCAAGCUUCCAGUAGGGCCUCUGCCUUAUUGCCAAACUGAUGCAUCAUCUCCAUGAAGGAGCUGGCUUACCACUGCCUCGACUGCUGUGAUUGGUCUGGAUUUUGGAUGCUGCGGUGUUGCACCAGAAAUGCCGAAGCCCUGCAGUGACCUCCGCUGUACCAUCCUUGCCUCAUAGCUUCACAAAAUAAAGCGGGAGCAGCUGUCUGCGGCUUUGCAGAGAGUAACCCCGUUAUCCGGAGCCGGCCAUUUUCAAAACCUGGAUGGAUGGGGCUCCGUGAGGAGAGAAGACCUGCGUCCAAGAGGCUCGUAUGAACCCUGCAAACUUUCCAGUCCCAACAUAUGUGCAUUUUUUUUACCACAUUUUAGUGGAGCUACAGCCAUCUUACCUUCAACUUAGCCUGUUAGAUCUAGUUCCUGUUUCUGUCUUAAAAAUAAAAUGCUAAAUUUGGCGCACCAAUCUUUAAAAGGAGAAAGGACCAGACGCAACACAAAUACCUUGUGUCAGCAUGCUCUAUGUUUUCAAUCAUAUUCAAAAUAUGCAGUGUGUACUCAUUAGGGAGCUCGAUACAGUAUUUACGGUUGGGCCUGCUUUAUCACAUCAUGUUACACUCCUACCUAACCUCACUUAUAUUGUUACUGCUGCAGCUGCUUUUCGCGUCGUGUGUGAAAUCACAAUAAUUUAGGAUUUCAGACUGUUUUGGUGAAGGAUGGGUUUUGUUUCCAAUGCUCUUUUCUUGCCCAGGCUGACCUCCUCUAUUAAACUUAAUUAAAUCAUCUACUUCAGGAGCUCAAUUAAGCCCAUGUGCCAGCAUGCAAAAUUACAAAACAUAUUUUAAAAUAAUUGAAAUGAUCAUUUUUGACAUUUUGUCUAGACUAGAACAUUUUUUUGCAUUCAUAUUGUAGCUUGAUUGGUCCCAGUAUUUAGCAACAACUAAAAGAACAUUGGUUUAAAAAUAAAAUGGGUUAUUUUGUCUAUUUUUAUAUAAUUAUUUUAUGACAAAAUUGACAUUUCUCAUAAAAAUGUCAGUUAAACUCCUGCUGCAUUUUGAUUGAGCUAACCUGGACCAUUUUUUCCCAUAACAAAAUUUAUCUGAACCUCCUAUAUUACCCUGGCUGCUUCUUCCUUGUGUUUGUACUGUUAAUGCAAAACUGCCCUCAUUGCGUGAAUAACGUCCGGUGAGAGUGUCUUUUCCAAACGAGGAGGAGCACUAAAGACACUAGAAGUCACCCAUGGAAAUAAGACUUAACAGAAAAACCUAAAAGUUAACUUAAUUGUGAUAGAUUUUAAACUGUAGUAUCGAAAACCAUUGCGUCCUACAUUAUAUCUAUGGGUCCCUUUUAUGUACUUGUAAUU